AGACAUUGUACCCUGAAGGCAGGUAGUUCUUACACAAAAGGCAGACAGAAGUGGAGAUUGUUCAGUUUCAGCCAUAUAUAAUUUUGUAAGUCAAACAAAUUUGACAAUAAUCAGUCAUUUUAAUUUUAAAAUUAUAUAUUUUUAAAUAUAUAAAAGUAAUAAAAAGUUAAGAUUCAUGAUGUCUAAACACUUUUACUUUCAUUCAGACACCCCUAAAUUAUGAAAUUAUCCACACCGAUUAUCAUAAAUUGACCUGGAUAGUCAACAGUUUUUGUUGUAAUUUUCCGCUUUUACUCUGUCGAUCUUACUGUUUCAUUUCACUUUAUGAAUUCAUUUGAUACCAUCACAAAGUCAUGAUUUUCUUCAAAUAUUCAAUUAUAUUGUCUCUGACUUCUAUAAUUCCAUCUUUAUUUGGAUGUAUGUCUACAAGAACAGUUGGUAGUAUUCCUGCACUUCGAAAUUGUCCAUCUUGUGAUGUUUCAACACUUUCCGGCUCUUCGUUCACUCCAACUUCUACUCAAACUCCUGGAACUGCUUAUUUUCUGAGAGGUGUUGAUCCGGCCAACUGGUGUGACGUUGCACAAAUCAAUUGUAUACCGGAAGAUGGCAGCAUGCAAACUGUUGCUAUUAAUGUCAUCGUGGAUUCAGUGAGUACGUCAUUGGGAAGUGGAUGUGGAAGUGCGAAUUCAGUGGCAAAUGCUUUGCUUUGCAGUACUGGAAAUGUUUGGACUUAUAAUGGAAGAUCGGAUUUUACUGUGGAAUGUCGAGUCACAAUUGGAACUUGUUGAUAUAUAAAUCUAAUAUAUUUAUUAAUAAGUAAUAAAAUGAAUGAUAUAAAUU